AUGACUCUGCUCAGCACGCUCGCCGGCCUCGCCAUGGCCGUCGGCGCGCCCCUCGUGUACGCCGACCAGGCGUGGAGCAUCCAGAAGAAGCGCGACUCGUCGGGCUUCAGCAAGGACGUAUGCGCUGUGCUGCUCAUCGCCAACAUCGCGCGCUGCUUCUUCUGGCUGGGCGCGCCGUUCGAGCUGCCACUGCUGCUGCAGUCCGUCCUCAUGAUCGUGGCGCAGCUCUACCUGCUCUCGCUGCUGCUCAAGUUCCGGCCCGGCUCCUACGCGCACGCCGCCUUCACUGCCUCAUCUGCCGACGCGCGUUCCGGCGAGGCACGCACGCCGCUGUUCGAUGCUGCACAGCACGCCGGGCAGCCAAGUGCGCGCACGCCUAGCACGCCUACCAUCUCCGUGCGCCCUCCGUCCAUGGAUGGACCUGCGCCGCCAGAGCUCUCUGGUCCUGCAGCUGGCGGACGAGGCAGGUAUGCGCCGCUGCUGGGCCUCGAACUGCCGCCGGCGCCGACGCUGGGGAAUGAGGAGGAUGACGAGGUGGCGGAACAAGCGCAGGGAAACAAGGUGUGGCGACUGAUCAAGCGCUGUGCCAAGCUGGGCGAGGGCAAGCGCGCAGAUGGCAGCGAGGGCAGUCGGCCGUUUGGCUUUUGGACAUGGCUGACGUUGCCGCCAUAUUUUCUCUUCCUGACGGGCUUUGCUGCGCUUCUCACCGUGCUGCACUUCACGCUGGGCUGGAGCUCGACGUACGUCUCUGCGCUGGGCUACUUUGCCCUCGGGCUCGAGAGCACGCUGCCUAUUCCUCAGGCCAUUACCAACCAGCAGCGUCGCUCCCUGUCGGGCUUCCGCAUGAGUGUCCUCAUCGGCUGGCUGGCCGGCGACACGUUCAAGACGGUGUACUUUCUAGCGCAGGGCUCUCCGAUCCAGUUCACCGUCUGCGCACUCUUCCAGCUCUCCAUCGACGCCGUCAUCGUGGCGCAGGCCUACUUCUUCCGCGAGAAGACCGCCGAGGAUGACGAGGCCGCGGCGCGGGAACAAGCUGCGGCACUGUCUGCGCGCGAGGCCGAAGAGGCGCCGAUUCGCGAUGAGGACCAUGCCCCGCCGCCAGCCUCGUCCGCUGCGAAGAAGCAGGGCGGCAAAUCGAGGCCGCCGCCGCUGAAGGACACGGGACCGCAGAGGGACAGAGAUGGAGAGAGGUACGCUACCGUCGAGGCUGACUCGGACGAUGAACGGUAG